UCUGGGGUUAAUGUCCGUGUUGUGUAAGAAGUAGACAACUUUUUCUUUCUACAGAAUAAUAAUGAAUUUGACAGGAGCGGGCGGUGGAGCGGCAGGACGCGCACAAUGGCCUGGUACACUGGCCAGUUCUUUCACUUGCAAUCCACGCAAAUUUAGCGAGAAAAUCGCCCUGCACACGCAGCGACAAGCCGAGGAUAUCGCCGCCUUCCGAGAGGUAAUGAUGGACAUCACUUCCACCAGGAUUCAUGCUCAGAGAGUUCGACAAGUACGAAAUCUGGCUUCAUAUUAUGGAGGAUCACUGCCAAAUGUCAACCAGAUAUCAGCAUGUUCAACAGAGACUCAGAGCCAGAUUCUGUAUCACCCAGACUAUAGUUCCACCACACAGCAGCAUGUAAAGACAGAUCAAGGACAAAGAGAUCACAGACCCAACAGUCAUGGACGGCCAAACAGAAGACAUAUUGACAGUGCCCCCUAUCUAUCAUCUCACAUGUCCCCACCCUCAGGGCCAGGCUGGCGGAGGAACUGGUCUAGUAGAUCUGUAAAUGAAAAAAAGCAAAUGGAUCAGCUGCCAGUACCGACCCUGAGUAGGACUCAUUCGGACUCUGCCCUCCACACCAGUGUGAGAAUGACGUACAUCGGAGACCCAAGUUCUGCCCAUGUCCUAAAUACCUGCUCGAGGAAAAGUGGCUCCACAUCAUUUCCUUAUCCCGUACCACUGAUUGAAGAGAAUGUCCUAGAGGAAGGGAGACCUUAUAAAUUACAGAAGACACCAUCAAUGUUAUCUGAAUGUGACACACCUGGAAAUAACAUAAGUGGCUCCUUACCAGACCUCUCCAGCCUGUGUCUGCCCUCUACAGUGCCUGAGAUUUUUAAUUCUGAACCUCUGAGUCACAGCAGCUCACCUAGCAACUCCACCAGCAUACAACAGAAAUCAAACAAUGUUACACUAUCUGCAGCCAUGGCUAAGAGUGGUUUUUCCCUGCCUGGUUUGUCAACUCCAACUCCCCAGGUGGUUACUGUAAAUCCCUUGCUGCAGGCUUCUCUUAGCAAUCCCAAUCUCAAGACAACACACAGCAGGCACUCACUGUGCAAUUCCCUUAGCUCCACAUCCCUGUGCCCAUCACUAAGCAGCUCGUCCCUGAAGUCCUCCCUUAGUAGCCAGUCCCUGCAGUCUUCGUACAGCAGCUCCUCUCUGGGUAACCAAUCAGUACAAUCCACAGCAAGCACCUGUAGCUACAGCAGUGGGAUUGGUGGGUCUUGCUCUUGCUCCUCUUCCUCACUUUCCUGCUCACCACAUGCAUGUGGACAGGUUACAGUGCCACAUAGUGCUUCAUCACGGAGAAGAACCCCACUCAGUCCAUUAAUGAUGCCCUGUGGGGAAGAAUCUCUUUGGCAACUACCAAAGCAGUUCUCACCAACUGUGUCUUCUUCACUCUCACCUAUUGCCCAGGGGGUACCGCUCGACACCAGCAAAGUGCCACAAGAGGUAAAACCACUAAUGUAUCCAUAUAAUCAGCUUCCUCUGACAGAGACUCAAAUUGGAAAUCAUUUAUCUCAAUCCUGGCCACAUGAUCACUCUUUGGAAUGGCAUCAGUACAGUCAGGAUACAAGACAACAAAGCCAUCGGCAAGUCUUGAAGCAGCCAAUGUCUCAGUCUAAUUCACAACUAUAUUUUAUGCAGCAUCAACACCCUCACUGUAAAGCACAGUUGGUGAAUCCACAUCACUACGCAACUCAGCAACAGAUGGGCCAACAAACACAAAACAUGCGUUAUCCUUACCAGCAGAGUCAGAGUAAUCAACACCAACCGCUAAUGUGCCCACCAAAUCAAUACCCACCACAGCACCACACACAGACAAUGCAACAACAGCAACAAUACCCACAAAUUGACCGAUGCUUGAAUCCACAACUGCAGCUUUUAAGCAAUAACCAGCAUCAGCUGCAACACCAGUUAAACAAUGACGAUCUUCAACGACAGCAACCUCUUCAUGAACCUAAUGUUACAGCUGCACUGGAUGAAGAUAUAUCCUGGCAGAAUCAUUCACAAAACGUUAUCAAUAUGGAGAUGCUAAAACAUUCUGGUACAUGUAUGAACACAAAUGAACUGUCAAAACCACAGUCCAAAAAACCUGUCAGUGAAAGUGGAAGAGAGAGAACAGCACACUACUCUAAAGCAAUACAGUCUCAGAAAGAUCGUCGCCAGCUUACUCUAAUGGCUUCUUUGAGUUCAGUGGAUAAUGGAUCCGGACUUCUUAAUGAAUCUUACAAUGGCCUUGAACUGACACCCAGCCAGACAGAGGCUCUCUCACAAAAGCUUGGUCAACUCUAUAAACUUACCACAAUAUCAAACUCCAAGUGUCAAGAUAUAGAGGAAAAAAAUCUCAGGGACUUGCAAACCCACAGCAGUGAAGAGUUGUGUUUUCCCAGCACAAGCAGUACAUUGCCAUCUACCUGCCUGGAUGAAGAAAUUUUAAAUCUGCCAUUCUCUGUCCCAGAAAUUGACCUGGAGUCCUUCGCUCUGACAGAAUAAAGCGUUUAAAAAAAAUUAGUUAUGCUAAAAAAAGAGCAAAUGUUCAUUGAACAUAAUCAUGCACUGAAAUGUAUAAUAGUGAAGAGUAUCUAUGUAUAUAAUUUGAAAUGGCCUUAUGUAUAGUAUUAAACUAUUAAUAACCUAUGUUGUAAAAAAAAAAAAGUAUAUAAAUACUUUUGCGAGGUCAGACGCUGAUGUUGGACGAGAGGGCCUGGCUUGCAAUCUUUGUUAUAGCGUACUCCAAAGAUGUUGGGGUUGAGAUCAGGGGUUGAGCUAUAUGCAUGGUUGAGCUCUACGUGGGCCAGUCAGGAUCUUACAGACUAAAUUUACCUUUUUUUGCACUGGGGCACAGUCAUGCUGGAAUGGAAAGUGACCUUCCACAAUCUUACAGUUGUUCAAAAAUAUAGUAUGCUAAGCGUUAAGAUUUCCCUUCACUGGAACUAAGGGGCCUAGGCCAACCCCUGAAAAACAACCACAAAGCAAUAUCCCUCAUUCACCAAAUCAAGCAGGCAGGUAGCAUUCUCCUGAUAUUCAUCAAAUCCAAACUCGUUUAUCACACUGCCAGCUAAAGAAGUGUGAUUCGUUAUUCCACACAACAUGUUUCUACUGAUCCAGAGUUUUUUACUUUUUCUGACUUUUGCCAUUGUGCUUGGUGAUGUAAGGCUUGCAUGCAGCUGCUUGGCCAUGGAAACCCAUGCAAUGAAGCUCCUGACUCACAGUUUUUGUGCUGAUGUUAAUGCCAGAGCAGGUUUGGAACCCUGCAGUUAUUUAGUCAGCAGAGUGACUGACUCAUUCUUUCUCAGAUGUUUGUAAAGGCAGAUUGCAUGGCUAGGAUCUUGAUUUAAUACACCUGUUGCAAUGCAACUUAAUAAAACUAACUAUCUGUC